UGUAUGUUAAUCUAUGUAACUAUAUUUGUGUAUACCUGAAUAACCUUAUUUACAAUGUAUAGGUGCUCAUGUAUGCUGUUGCUCCAGUUCGUUAAAUCAAGCCAGGCGCUGUGACCCCCCCUGCGUGUUUAGUGCUCCCCUUCCUCAUGAAUCCAGCAGUAAUGUGCCUGAUCAUGAACUCUGUGACUUGAGUUCACCUCUCUGCUUUGUUCACUAAAGAACACAUGAACGAAGGAACACAACAGUAGGCCUACUGGCCUAGAUCAUCAUACUCUGAGAUGAUAUUAAAGUUCAUGUAAGUGUCAGUUGGGUUGCUGAAAUUUAGUUUGAUAAAAUGGGGGCACAAAGUGUGCUAGACAGUUGGAAGUACUACAAGUUAAGUAUCUUGUUUUGGAGCUGGCGGAAUGUAAACUAAAUUUACGUCUGGAGAAAGUCUAAUGCUUGUCUCACGUGUUCUACCAGCUGUCACAUCUGGAGAUAGUAUUCCAGUAGUUUACCAGAAGCAUCACACAUAAACUACCAGCAAGUUAGUCUUCACAGAAGACUGACCAGACAAGAUAAAAGCCACAUUAACCUUCUGCUCCAACCUGCAAGUUUGACAGCAGAACUUAAACUAAAUCAUACAUUUAUUAAACAUUUCGGUAAUGUGUCACUUUUGUUAAAGCCAUAUUAUUGUACAGGGGAACCAUAUUAGUGUUAUGUGUGUAAAACUAAGUAAAACUCUUACUAAUGGACACUUGAGAGCUUGUGUAUGAGAAAGCAUGUCAUUGUUAUAUAUUUAAAAGCUUUGGCUGACUGCAGUACAUUAAAAUGUGUCAUCUAUGAAAGUUGACUUGUGGAAUCUCGUUUCUUCUUUUCUUUCAACAGACCGGCCAUAUCCCACCAAGGCAGGGUGACCCAAAAAGAAAAACAAAAGUUUCUCUUGGAAUCUCAUUUAUGAAGAAUAAAUUAUGAAAUUUAUUGUAUUGAAGCUUACUUUUGGGUUUUUAAGUAUUUAUAGAUAAUGGCACAGUGCUAAGCUCAUGGUGUCCUGUCUUGGGUAUUUUAUAUUAUUUUUUUAAUAUUUCCAGGUGUUGUAGCACUAUGUCUUUGUGUAGUUAUUCACUAGUUUAACUGCCCUUGAGAGAAUUUCUUUUCUUCCCUACAUUAUAGGUAUUGCCUCUUUCUCUUGAUUAUUAAAAAAAAUCAUCCAUACCAAUUCUUUUGUGUUUUUUCCUAGUCUUAUUUGUAGUUAUCUUGUCUUUUUUUUCCUCAUAUUAGCCAGUGAUACCACAUCCGUGGGCUCUUUUUGGUUUAGUACCAUUCUAGCAAUGCAUAUUGCAGUCUUGGUCUAAUGUAUGUUCAAGGAAUCCUCUCUCCCAUUUUUUAUAUGUAUUGCUACAUUGUAUAUAAUUUUCUAAACAUCAGCCAGUUUACCUUCCUGGAAUCAUGAAGAUUUUUCCAGAGGAUACCUUAGUUUGUGCACUCUUGUGACACCCAUGAUGCUAUCUCAUCUGGUCCUGUUGUAUAUUCUUGAAACUGACUCCAGAUACUACUUCCCUUAACUAUUUGGAGGGUUUAAGUGUGCAGCAUCCAAGGUGUGUUCUUGUGUAAAUAUCUGGGAAUUUUAGGUCAAGCAUCUUGUGCAUCUCAGAUUGACCAAUGUUCUCUUUGUCAUUCUUUGUAAUUUCUCUAAAAUAGGUUAGACAAAUACAUGAGUGGGUGUGGGUGGGUGUGAAUUGGACCUGCCUAGCAUGGAUCAGUAGGCUUGCAAGAGUGCCCCUUCCUUCUUAUGUUUUUUUCAAAGUUUGCUUUUUACAAACAAAUUAAUGAUUUGGUUCUGUGUCUUACUCCUGGUGUUUUUCUCCUGUUAUCGCCUUGACAUCAUCUGUGCAGCUCUGAAUGAACCUGAUUGUUUUAGAAAUUAUUAAUAAAUACAUAAAAUGAGUAUGGAAGUUCACAAAGAGACAAAGCUAAAUGAAGAUUGCAUUAAAAACCUUUUGGAAAAAUCACACCCAACAACUCACCCUAAGGUUCCAACAAUAGAGAAGCCAUAUCAGUGUUCAGAAUGUCUAAAAGCUUUUUCCAAAAAAUAUACUCUAAAAAAUCACUUUAGAGUUCAUACAGGAGAGAAACCAUACAAGUGUGCAGAAUGUCUAAAGGCCUAUUCAUCAUGUUCCAGUUUAAAAAAACACUUAAGAGUUCAUAAAAUAGAGAAGCCAUAUCGGUGUUCAGAGUGUCCGAAUGCCUUUUCAAAAAGAGUACAACUGAACACCCACUUGAAAAUUCAUACAGGAGAGGAACCAUAUCAGUGUUCAGUGUGUGUUAAGGCCUUUUCUUGCAAAUCAAAACUGAACACCCACUUAUAUAUUCAUACAGGGGUGAAACCAUAUAAAUGUUCGCAGUGUGUGAAAACCUAUCUCAAAAAAUCAAACCUAAAUUUCCACUUGAAAAGUCAUGCAGGAGAGAAACCAUUUGAGUGUUCUGAGUGUCUAAAGUCCUUUUCUCAAAAUUAUCAUUUAAUAAAGCACUUGGAAAGUCAUAAAACUGAGAAACCAUAUCAGUGUUUAGAAUGUUCAAAGACCUUUUUAACAAAAACACAUCUAAACAACCACUUGAAAGUUCACUCAGGAGUAAAACCAUUUAAGUGUUCUGAGUGUCAUAAAGCCUUUUUAAGAAAAUCAUCUCUAAAAUGUCACUUAAGAAUACAUACAGGAGAGAGACCAUUUAGGUGUCUAGAAUGUUUAAUGGUCUUUAAACAAAGAACUGCACUAAGAAAUCAUUUGAAAAUUCAUACUGGAGAGAAACAGUAUAGAUGUUCAGAGUGUCAAAAGGCCUGUUCAAGAAAAGCAGAUUUAAUAAAACACAUAAAGGUUCACACAGGAGAGAAACCAUAUCAGUGUUCAGAGUGUCUAAUGUUCUUUGCAGAAAGCUCACAUUUAAGAAGACACUUAAGAGUUCAUUCAGGAGAAAAACCUCAUCAGUGCUCAAUUUGUCCCAAGACAUUUUCAAGGAAAACGUAUCUUGAUAACCACAUGAGAGCUCAUACUGGGGAGAAACCAUAUCAGUGCUCAGUGUGUCUCAGGUUGUUUUCAGAUAGUUCACAUUUAAGUAGACACAUGAAAGUUCAUGCAAGAGAUAGACCACAUUAGUGCACAAGGUGUUGAAGGUUCAUGCAGGAGACAGACCACAUUAGUGCACAAGGUGUUGAAGGUUCAUGCAGGAGACAGACCACAUUAGUGCACAAGGUGUUGAAGGUUCAUGCAGGAGACAGACCAUAUUAGCACACAAGAUGUUGAAGGUUCAUGCAGGAGACAGACCACAUUAGUGCACAAGGUGUUGAAGGUUCAUGCAGGAGACAGACCACAUUAGUGCACAAGGUGUUGAAGGUUCAUGCAGGAGACAGACCACAUUAGUGCACAAGGUGUUGAAGGUUCAUGCAGGAGACAGACCACAUUAGUGCACAAGGUGUUGAAGGUUCAUGCAGGAGACAGACCACAUUAGUGCACAAGGUGUUGAAGGUUCAUGCAGGAGACAGACCACAUUAGUGCACAAGGUGUUGAAGGUUCAUGCAGGAGACAGACCAUAUUAGUGCACAAGGUGUUGAAGGUUCAUGCAGGAGACAGACCACAUUAGUGCACAAGGUGUUGAAGGUUCAUGCAGGAGACAGACCACAUUAGUGCACAAGGUGUUUGAAGGUUCAUGCAGGAGACAGACCAUAUUAGUGCACAAGAUGUUGAAGGUUCAUGCAGGAGACAGACCACAUUAGUGCACAAGGUGUUGAAGGUUCAUGCAGGAGACAGACCACAUUAGUGCACAAGGUGUUAAAGGUUCAUGCAGGAGACAGACCACAUUAGUGCACAAGGUGUUGAAGGUUCAUGCAGGAGACAGACCACAUUAGUGCACAAGAUGUUGAAGGUUCAUGCAGGAGACAGACCACAUUAGUGCACAAGAUGUUGAAGGUUCAUGCAGGAGACAGACCACAUUAGUGCACAAGAUGUUGAAGGGCCAUUUUUAAGAAGAUUUCAUUUUAAUAAAGCACAUGGAAUGGUCGUAAAAAACAUAAAACAUACUAGUAUUCAGCAUUUCAAAAAGAUUUGAUCUGCUUGAACAACUCUAAAAUGUCUUCAUUCCCCUCCUUAUAUAAGGCGAAUAUCAUUUUUUUAACAUACUGGCCAUCUCCCACUAAGGCAAGGCGACCCAAAAAAGAAACACACUUUCAGAAAAUUUUCUUCUUUUUACAUUUAGUAAUUUAUACAGCAGGGGUUACUAGCCCCUUGCCCCUGGCAUUUUAGUCACUUCCUAUGACACAUGGCUUAGAGAAAGGAUUCUUCUUCACUUAUGGAAAAUAAGGGGAAUUAUAGGAACAUGAUAAGUUCAGGUCAGUUCCUGAUGAACUGGCUUUGGUACCUACAUUGGACUGUACAACUAACACCAAUAGCCUGGUUCAGCAGGUUAUCAACCACAAAGGAGGCCUAGUCUAGGACUGGGUUGCAUGAUGACUCCAGAAUCAUCUGGUUACAGAGGAAAAGCCAUUGUAUGUGUUCAUAAGAUUUUUCAAUAUUCUUAUAUAAUAAAGCAUGAGUUCAUAAAGUAGAAAAAUUCAGUUUCUCAUAUUCUGUUGGACUGUCCUGUCUAUCAGUGAGCAUACAGAAUUUACCUCCAAUGUUGUCACCACUCUAACACCCUUUAGACACUGCCGCACGGUCAGCAGUACAUGACCUCCCAAUUUCAUAUAGAGUGUUCCAUUCAUGGACUAUUUUGCUGUAAUUGCUGCCCACCUUCGCACCCGUUGGCAACAAUGUUGGUCUGAUUUGCUCUAUAACAAACUUCAUUCUAUUAAACCGAAUAUAGGUUAAUGGCCAUCUUGUUAUCAAUGUCGAGGUUGGGAGACUACUCUCUCCCGUCUUUGCAUUGGCCUCACUCGUCUUACACAUGGGUAUCUCAUGGAGAGGCACCCUGUUCCUCUCUGUGAGAACUGUUAGGCUCCAGUAUCUGUUAGCCACAUUCUGUUGGACUGCCCUCUCUAUCGACGAGCACGCGGAAUUUACCUCCAACGUCGUCUCUGCUCGGCUGCUCUUUCUUUACCUUCCCUUCUUGCUGAUGGACCCUCCUUUAAUUCGGACUCUCUCAUUGACUUUUUGACAGCAACUGAUUUACUCUACAAACUCUGAUGAUGAUGCCUUUAGCACUCCUCCUCUCAGUCCUUUCUACCUCAAUCUCUUGCUACCCUCUACCCCUGCACUAUCCACUGCCCUACUCCAUAACCUACUAAUCAUCCCUCUCCCUCUUGCUACCCGAUACCCUCACAUCCUUCCCUGCCCUGCAGCACUGUAUAGCCCUUGCUGUUUAGCACUUCUUUUGAUUAUAAUAAUAAUAAUCUAACACCCUUUCUUUAUCUUCCCUUAUAGCUGACGGCUCCAACUUUGAUGUAUACUACCUCUGAUAUUUUGACGGUACUACCUUUAGCACUCCUCACAGCCCUUUCUAACUCUACCUAUGUUAUUCUCUCCACUCUCAAUAUUCUCAAAUCAAGCAUGCAAACAAUGCCCUGAAGCGCUUUACGACCCCUGUGGGUUUAACGCUGGUUUUGAUUAUAAUCAUGCACUGUAGUCAAUGUAUUUUUUUUUAAUUGGGAUAUAUUAAUAGCAAGGGUAGGAUGCUAGCUCUCAGUGAAGAGAGAUGGUGUCAAGUAAUUCUUUACAGUAUAUCAAGGACCGCAAUUGAAAUAUUGUCACUUUAACACUUUUUUUUUAUCCUAGUGGGUAAUUUUCACACAUGUUACUAGGUAUGAUAAUUAUAUUUGUGUACCUGUGACUAAAUAAACUUACUAGCAUUCACACAGGGUUACAUUUGAAAUUGAUGCCUUAUAUAAUUUUCCUCUGUUAAUGCGAGUAAUAUACUAAUGCCGGAAAAAAAAUCCCCCCCCAGUACCAACAAUACCACCAGUCCGAUGACAUUCUUCUUUGCAAAUAUACAGGGUCUAAAGCCAGCAACAAACAACAAAAUACCUUUCAUCCGUGGACUGCUUGCAGAGGCAAAGGCAAUGUUCACGGCUUUCACUGAGACCCACAUGAAGGAUCACUUGGACAACGAAAUAUGGAUCCCAGGUUACAACCUAUACAGAUGUGACAGAAUGAACAGGCAAAAGGGGGGGUUUUGCCUGUACAUUGCAGAGUCACUUGUUUGCACAGAACUGCUAAAUGCCUCAAAUGAUGUAGUGGAAGUUUUAGCAGUAAAGGUCGAGAACCAAAACCUAGUCAUUGUGGUAGUUUACAAGCCACCGGAUGCAACAUCCCAGCAAUUCCAGGAACCACUGUCUGGAAAAUCUUCCAGCUCCUGCACCCAACAUCUUGCUCCUGGGGGAUUUCAACUUAAGGCACCUAAAAUGGAGGAAUAUAGCAAAUAAUAUUGUUGCAGUAAUAACACCAGGAGGCAGCUCUGAUGAAAACUCACACUCACACGAGCUUUUAAAUCUCUGCACAAAAUUCAAUUUAAACCAGCAAAUAAUAGAGCCUACUAGACUGGAGAAUACACUAGACCUCAUCUUCACUAACAAUGAUGAUCUGAUAAGAAAUGUCACCAUAUCAAAAACAAUAUACUCAGAUCACAACAUAAUUGAGGUUCAGACAUGUAUGCGUGGAGCCCCAGACCGACAUAAUGAGACUAGUCAUGAGGGAGCAUUCACCAAAUUCAACUUUAAUAACAAAAACAUAAAGUGGGACCAAGUAAACCAAGUCCUAACCGAUAUAAGCUGGGAAGAUAUACUAAGCAACACAGACCCCAACGUAUGCCUAGAACAGAUUAACUUGGUGGCACUCGAUGUAUGCACAAGGCUUAAUCCUCUAAGAAAAAGGAGGAGUAGAUGUAAAAUAGAAAGAGACAGGCGCUCCCUUUACAGGUGACGGAAAAGAAUAACAGCGGCUAAAAGAGGUCAAUAUAUCUGAAAUGCGUAGGGAGACACUGGUCAGAGAAAUAGCAAGCAUCGAACUCAAGCUAAAGGAAUCUUAUAGGAGUCAGGAAUCGCGGGAAGAACUAAAAGCCAUAAAUGAAAUCGAAAGAAACCCAAAGUAUUUCUUCUCCUAUGCCAAAUCAAAGUCGAGAACAACAUCCAGUAUUGGGCCCCUACUUAAACAAGAUGGGUCCUACACAGAUGACAGCAAGGAAAUGAGUGAGCUACUCAAGUCCCAAUAUGACUCAGUUUUUAGCAAGCCGCUAACCAGACUGAGAGUCGAAGAUCAAAAUGAAUUUUUUAUGAGAGAGCCACAGAAUUUGGUUAACACAAGCUUAUCCGAUGUUAUCCUGACGCCAAAUGACUUCGAACAGGCGAUAAAUGACAUGCCUAUGCACUCUGCCCCAGGGCCAGACUCAUGGAACUCCGUGUUCAUCAAGAACUGCAAGAAGCCCCUAUCAUGAGCCUUUUCCAUCUUAUGGAGAGGGAGCAUGGACACGGGGGUCGUCCCACAGUUACUAAAAACAACAGACAUAGCCCCACUCCACAAAGGGGGCAGUAAAGCAACAGCAAAAAAAAAUAACUACAGACCAAUAGCACUAACAUCCCAUAUCAUAAAAAUCUUUGAAAGGGUCCUAAGAAGCAAGAUCACCACCCAUCUAGAAACCCAUCAGUUACACAACCCAGGGCAACAUGGGUUUAGAACAGGUCGCUCCUGUCUGUCUCAACUAUUGGAUCACUAUGACAAGGUCCUAAAUGCACUAGAAGAUAAAAAGAAUGCAGAUGUAAUAUAUACAGACUUUGCAAAAGCCUUCGACAAGUGUGGCCAUGGCGUAAUAAUGCACAAAAUGCGUGCUAAAGGACUAACAGGAAGAGUCGGUCGAUGGAUCUAUAAUUUCCUCACUAACAGAACACAGAGAGUAGUCGUCAACAGAGUAAAGUCCGAGGCAGCUAUGGUGAAAAGCUCUGUUCCACAAGGCACAGUACUCGCUCCCAUCUUGUUCCUCAUCCUCAUAUCCGACAUAGACAAGGAUGUCAGCCACAGCACCGUGUCUUCCUUUGCAGAUGACACCCGAAUCCGCAUGACAGUGUCUUCCAUUGCAGACACUGCAAGGCUCCAGGCAGACAUCAACUGAAUCUUUCAGUGGGCUGCAGAAAACAAUAUGAAGUUCAACGAUGAGAAAUUUCAAUUACUCAGAUAUGGUAAACACGAGGAAAUUAAAUCUUCAUCAGAGUACAAAACAAAUUCUGGCCACAAAAUAGAGCGAAACACCAACGUCAAAGACCUGGGAGUGAUCAUGUCGGAGGAUCUCACCUUCAAGGACCAUAACAUUGUAUCAAUCGCAUCUGCUAGAGAAAUGACAGGAUGGAUAAUGAGAACCUUCAAAACUAGGGAGGCCAAGCCCAUGAUGACACUCUUCAGGUCACUUGUUCUAUCUAGGCUGGAAUAUUGCUGCACACUAACAGCACCUUUCAAGGCAGGUGAAAUUGCUCACCUAGAAAAUGUACAGAGAACCUUCACGGCGUGCAUAACGGAGAUAAAACACCUCAAUUACUGGGAGCGCUUGAGGUUCCUGAACCUGUAUUCCCUGGAACGCAGGCGGGAGAGAUACAUGAUUAAAUACACCUGGAAAAUCCUAGAGGGACUAGUACCGAACUUGCACACGAAAAUCACUCACUACGAAAGCAAAAGACUUGGCAGACGAUGCAACAUCCCCCCAAUGAAAAGCAGGGGUGUCACUAGCACGUUAAGAGACCAUACAAUAAGUGUCAGGGGCCCGAGACUGUUCAACUGCCUCCCAGCAUACAUAAGGGGGAUUACCAACAGACC